GGGACCACACAGGCAGACUUUACCUUGGUCCAAGAGUCUUCAAGAUGCCAAACUUGGGUGGAGGAGCAAAAUGUGGAGCCUGUGAAAAGACUGUCUACCAUGCGGAAGAAAUCCAGUGCAAUGGAAGGAGCUUCCACAAGACGUGCUUUCACUGCAUGGCCUGCAGGAAGGCUCUCGACAGCACCACAGUGGCAGCUCAUGAGUCAGAAAUCUACUGCAAGGUCUGCUAUGGGCGCAGGUAUGGCCCCAAAGGGAUCGGGUAUGGACAAGGCGCUGGCUGCCUCAGCACCGACACAGGGGAGCACCUCGGCCUGCAGUUCCAACAAUCCCCAAAGCCGGCACGCUCAGCCACCACCAGCAACCCUUCCAAAUUUACUGCAAAGUUUGGAGAGUCAGAGAAGUGCCCUCGAUGUGGAAAGUCAGUCUAUGCUGCUGAGAAGGUCAUGGGAGGUGGCAAGCCUUGGCACAAGACCUGUUUCCGCUGUGCCAUUUGUGGGAAGAGUCUGGAGUCUACGAAUGUCACUGACAAAGAUGGAGAGCUUUAUUGCAAAGUUUGCUAUGCCAAAAAUUUUGGCCCCACAGGCAUUGGAUUUGGAGGCCUUACACACCAAGUAGAAAAGAAAGAGUGAAAAGAUGACCCCUCUCUCACAAGCUUCACCAGCCAAAUGUGUUGCCAUGUAAUCUGGCAGAGGAGAGCUUUCCUGGAACAGCCUCAUUUGCAGCUGAACAAUCUUUCUCUUCAGAAGUGAUCAUAGGCUUUACUCAAAGUGAGAAGAAAUCUUUGGAAGAAAUUAUUUAAAAUUUAAUAUGCAACAGAUGCUUUAUAAUAUGCAGUUCUUGGGGUGGGAGAGGCGGCAAAUAAAUAUUUCAGUGGUACUUUG